AUUGAUUAAGAACAAAAUUGCAAUUAGCAAGUUUUGAUCUGCCCUUAGAGCUAAUUACAGCUGUUGUUUACUUCUCCAAGCGUGUGCAUCCGUUCCUCCUCGAAAUCUCCUACCUCUGGCUGUCCGAGACAAGACAAUCAUCACCAAACAAAAUCAAACUGAAAACAAUGGGUUUAGGUUUCGCUAUUGGAUUCAUCGGUGUUCUCAUUCUAUUUCACGCCGCUUAUUCAACCAUCCAAUAUAGGACUUUGUUGAAGAUUACAGAAGAAGAGUUUUCUGGAUCUCCUUUGAAUGUUGUGAUUGAACUGUCUUUAGGAUUAUUGCUUUGUACUUGGGCUGCUUUGACUGUGCCAGGGAAGUUUUUGUGCAUCCUCCCUCAUUCUGAAGAGAAUAGGAUUGUUUCUUUACCUUCCAACAUGGACUUCAUGAUCUUCAACCAUCGAGGCAAAAUAUUUCCGGUUGAAUUGAACUAGAAGCUUGGACAUUGAAGACUUUUCUAUAAUUGGAUUAAGGACCUUCCUUAUUCUAGAGAGAUAUUUCUUUUCUCAGAAAUUGAUUUGUUUUUUAAACAUUUGAUAUAUCUGUUGGACGAUGUACUAGUUUUUUGCAGCUUUCUUUUGUAGUACAUACUUUAUGUUUUUUUUACUAAAGACGCCUGUCUGUUAUUUGGACAGGAUUUUACUACUAUCAGAGCCAUUUAUUUAUGAUGAGGUAGGCAGACAGCCACAAGCUGACCAUACUUAUGUGAAUGAUUUGCUUAAAUCUUGAAUUAACUUUGGAGCCAUAGAAUGGUAAUGUGCAAAAUAAAAGCAAAUGAUCUUGUUUUUCUAGGUGAAUAAGUUGCUUGAGCUUGGUUAGGUUAGGCUGGAAAUAAGGUGUUCAAUACUAAUAUGCAUGUGGCAGAACAUAUUAUCCUUUGAGAGCGACGCCUCAUGCCUAAAAGGUACCAAAGGAAUACCAGCAAGCUAACCACUUUAGCCUUGCUGAUAAUCAGUUUGAAAUUCAAACUGUAAACACAAUCUAAUCAAAAUCUACAACAGUGAGUUCUUGUGAAUUUUC